ACAGCUAUAUCACUGGGUGGGUCCUUUACGGUUUGUAGUCCCGUGGAGAGUGUGUCAGUGUUGAAGCAGUGUUGGUGAGGAAAUUAAACAAAUCCAGAUGGCCUCCAUGUUGCUGAACACGCUGCGGACCUGUGGGCUCAGCCCGUCCUGGGCAGCACGCAUCGGUCCACGAGCUCUCAGUACCACAACACAGCUUCAGGCUCAGGUUCAGACAAAAAGCAAGAAGACGCUGGCUCGACCUGGUGUGAAAAACAUAGUUCUGGUGGAAGGAGUCCGAACCCCGUUCCUGAUGUCUGGAACCACGUAUGCUGAUUUAAUGCCUCAUGACCUGGCCAGAGCAGCKCUUCAGAAUCUGCUGAAAAGGACAGCUUUACCCAAAGAUGCUGUCGACUACAUCAUAUAUGGAACAGUGAUUCAGGAGGUGAAAACCAGCAACGUGGCACGAGAGGCAGCGCUGGGGGCAGGCUUCUCUAACAAGAUUCCUGCUCACACCGUCACCAUGGCCUGCAUCUCCUCCAAUCAGGCCAUGACCUCAGGUGUUGGGUUGAUCGCUGCAGGCCAGUGUGAUGCCAUCGUUGCAGGUGGGGUGGAGUUCAUGUCUGAUGUUCCCAUUCGUCACAGCAGGAAAAUGAGGAAGACCAUGCUGUCCCUGAACAAGGCCAAAACCCUGGACCAAAAGCUGAGCCUAAUCGGCACCAUCACGCCGUCACAUUUCUCUCCAGAGCUUCCUGCCGUGGCUGAGUUCUCCACAGCUGAAACCAUGGGCCACAGCGCAGAUCGUCUGGCUGCUGCGUUUUCUGUUUCCAGACUGGAGCAGGACCAGUUUGCUCUUCGAUCGCACUCGCUCGCCAAAAAGGCUCAGGAUGAGGGGCUGCUGGAGGAUGUCAUUUCUUUUAAAGUGCCAGAUCGGGACAUUGUGUCAAAGGAUAACGGGAUCCGCCCCUCCUCCAUGGAGCAAAUGGCCAAACUGAAACCUGCCUUCAUUAAACCCCACGGCACCGUGACUGCUGCCAACUCCUCCUUCCUGACGGACGGUGCCUCGGCCGUGCUCAUCAUGUCUGAAGACAAAGCUUUGUCCAUGGGUUUUAAACCUAAAGCGUACCUCAGAGACUUCGUCUACGUGUCCCAGGACCCCAAAGACCAGCUGCUGUUAGGACCAACGUACGCUACACCUAAAGUCCUGGAACGGGCCGGCCUGUCUUUGUCUGACAUCGAUGUGUUUGAGUAUCACGAGGCGUUUGCAAGUCAGAUAUUGGCGAAUCUGAAGGCGAUGGACUCAGACUGGUUCGCUCAGACGUACAUGGGCAGGAAAUCGAAGGUUGGGACUCCUCCCCUGGAGAAGCUCAACCUGUGGGGGGGGUCUCUGUCCUUGGGACACCCGUUUGGUGCCACAGGCUGCAGGUUGGUGACCACCGCAGCUCAUCGGCUGAAGAAGGAGGGGGGUCAGUAUGGACUGGUGGCAGCCUGUGCUGCAGGAGGACAG